GUGUAAGAUGUUCAUAUGAUAUUUAACAUUCUGUAUUGAUACGUUAGGACGUUGAAGCAGUGGUAGAUACACAUUAGAUCAUAAAUUUAGUAUUUUUUUAUGAUAUUUGUCGUUCUUUAUUUAACCAAUUAGGAAAUUUGAAUGAAAGGAAGAUUCAAGUUAGGCUGUAAAUUUUAGUUCUACAUGCAAUGUGCUAAAUAACUUUCACUAUGAUGGGAUGCCAAUUAGAAUUGAAUAAAUCUAUUUUGCUUUGAGAAAAAAAAAUCAGAAGUAACUGUCAUGGGCAAAUCUCAUUUUCAACCAUGGUCGUUGUUGUUGCUUGACAUAGCACCAGCAUCCUGUAGCAUAUACCUACAUUCUUGCUGAUUUUCGUGGUUCAACUGGAGAAGGCUGCAGGGUGGAUGGAUUACAACAUCCCUCCUUUUAGAUUCCCAUCCAGAUUGUGUACUUUCACUUGGAGCCGAUUUAUCUUCCUCACUUGCAAUUGAUCCCUCUUCUUUACUAAAGCUGAUUUCAUCUUUUUUUCAAGUUUCUAUUGAUAUACUUGCAGCCGAUCUGUUAUGGGAAACUCAAACUUCAGAACAUGAUGUUUUUUUUUUCGGGAAUACGCCAGAGGCGAAUUUUUUCCAUUAAGAGAAAUAAAGGUUAUUUACAUUUAAAGAAAGAGCAGCAGGGGACAGGGACUGGAAAGCAUUACAAAAUCAAAGGCCUAAUUCUCGCAGCACAUUUUGGCUACCAUGAUUCUCUCGGAAGAGUAGGGCGGGGAUUGCUGAAUUCGCUUGACGCCAAAGCGUUGCCUCUUGAGCCAUUUCCCUCGCCACAUCUGUCCAUGCCCUAAAACUUUGGUUGAAGACUCUGGCAUUCCGCUCCUUCCAGAUCGUCCAAGCCACAAGUGUUGCUACCGUAUCGAAACUCCGGCAUUGAGACUUGAGACUCUCGGAUUUUCAACCGGCUGCUACACAGCCACUGGUUGAAAGAAGUUUCGUUCAUCGGUCAGACAUUAUUACUAUCGUCUUGUUCGACGCAUGAAGAAACUUCUUGGUCCUGAGUUCUCACUUGAUGCAAAAAAUUCAAAGGACACUGUUGCUGCUAUGCUCCGCUGGUGGUCUCUGCUUGAAAAAUUUAGCUGCAGUGCAUCAAAACUGCAUCUGAAGCCUCGGAGAUUCAAAACAUUCGUAGAAGCAUUGGGAAAUCAACUGCUAAAGGACAGGAAUAAAACCAGAAAAAAGUGUCCACGAGGGGAUGAGUGCCUUUCUUCUUCAUCUCCAAUUCUGAACAGGACUGCUGGAAAUGAAUCUUCCUCAGUAAAACUCCUACCUGUGGAUGUCUCAAAUGGUAGCAAAGUAGCAUCUUCAAAAGGGGCAGUUUUCAAGAGGGGUGCAGAACCAAAUUCCAAUAACAAGUCAGGUUCAACUAAAUGGGACCUCUCUGCCACAAUUACUGUGAAACAGAAAAGGAGAGCAGGUGGUGGCAUUGCAUCUACUGCAUAUAAAAAAUGGGAGAGAGAUGCCAUGGCUGGUGUUUCUUUAGUCGCUGAUGCAGCUGAAGAGCUUGAGCGCAACACAGUGAAUGUUGAUGCAAGGACAUUAUCUCCCUCAUCAAACAAUGUUUGUACCGUUGAUGAUCCAGGCACAAAUCGUAUGAAUGAAGCAGAUCAACAAGCACCUGCAAAGCUGAAAUUGCAGUUAUUUCCAAUCAAUGAAGCCACACGAAAGGCAUUGGAAAAGGAUGAACAUAAUCCACAUCUGGAACUCACAGUUAGCGCUAGGAAAAAAAUAUCUUCUGUACUAGAACAUCUUAACCGCAAGUGGGGCAGCUCAAACAUUGCGUCUGGAGAGCUUUUGCUUUUUCCAUAUUGUGCUCACCGAGAAGAUUUAGCUACCUAUCAGAGAUGGACCACAAGAGAUACAGUUGUGGUGGCUGAUGUUUUUCUUUCUGUGAAUAGCCCGCCUGUUUUUCGAUUAAGGUAUGGUUGGUUUUCCCUUGCUGAGCUUGAAGGAGGAAGUGGAAUAUCUUCAACUCAUUUUAAGAAUUGCAUGAUGCCUGAAGACAUCCAUGCCAAAUCUCCCUCAGACGCUUGUGUGCAGAAGGAUGGUACUUUUCUCAAUAGUUGUGCUCCUGAGGAACACCUUUGUAAUUCAAAAGAUCGGCCGGCAUUAUUUCUUGCUAUGACAUUUAGUACAGGCAAGAGCGCUAAGGGGCAAGAGCAGCACAGUGAUUUUCCCGCCUCAUGGUUUAGCAGGCAGAAGCAAGAAAAAGAUUCCACAAACCAAGUUUUAGAGGCUAAUCUGGGGAUGGAUUGUGCUAUAAUAUCUGAAGGAGAGUGGGCAGAUACCCUUACUGAUAUCAGUGUUGGAUACUUACUAACAGAAGCAUCCAUAGGUACUAAUACAGAUUGUCCAGGGACAGCUAUUGCCAAAAACACAUUGUUUCUUGAGAAUCCCUGCAGCUAUGAUUCAUUUGAUGCUGCUGUUGCUCUUCACGCUUCUCGUCAUAAAACAGUAGAGCAGCCAGCCCUUGCAUCCCAUUCGACCAUCUGGGGUGCUGAAGAAACCUGUGAUGAGUUCAGUUUUAACUUGGCAGCAUCUAGGAAGCAAGAAAGUUCAAACACUUCAGCUAGCAGCUGUCCUGGUAGUGAUAGUGGUGUUCUUCCUUCAACCUCACAAGGGUUUCAAGGCUUUCUUCAGGACUUAGCAGGAGCAAAGGUUGCUGAUAAUCCUUGUAUGGAUGAUGCCAAAGAUAUGGAGGCACUUUGUGCCAAUUCUCCACCUCGAAGUAAAAGUGAUUCUGGGUUAAAGGAUCAAUCUCUAGCUGACUUAUAUUGGGCUGAUUCACUUGGACCACUGGACUUAGAGAUACCAUCCGUGAGAUACCAAGCUGAGGACUUACUCUUAGGAGACAGUCAGAAUAGUUGGAAUCGCAUGAUGGUGAAUAGCCUGGAUGCGUUUCGAAACCUGUCAUUCUUCAUGGCAGAUAAGAAUGACUCAAUCCCAUCCAUCAUGUAGAACUGUGAAUUCUGGGCGCCGUUCAUUGCUCUCGUCGCUUGCUAUAUUGGCUAGUGAAGUACUACCAAGGAUGCAUCUCGCUGUAGAGGAGGGUUUGCAUUGUCCAAGUGAAGCUGUUUGUGGGAAAUCCAACAGCUGCGGACUUGCUGUUCUUUGCAGUCAAGAGGGACGCAUUCUGCUGUGUAAGAUAUAUAGUAAGAGCUGUACUAAGAUGUUACAUGUAUGUCGUGUAAAUUGUGGUGUCCCUGUACAAAAAGCUCACACAAUCUCUUGGUUACAGUAAAGCUUCUGAUGACUGCCGUGUAUACAGGUAUGCUUCUGAUCAA